ACAUUCGUUCACAGUUGUACCACCAGCAUAAGAAAAUCAAAACAUUAUUUUACUAUACGAAAACAAUGUUUUCAAUAUCAAGUAUUAACAAAGAAAAUUAUCGAAAUCGUUUACAUGCACAUUUUUAUGUUUUGAAUUUAGUUUAUUUUACGAAAGGAAAAUUAUUUUUGGUCCACGAGUGAAAUCUUAAAUCUACCGGCGAAGCAUUUGACACUUGAAAUGUGAACCAGUCAUUUUGACACAUCGCAACUUGAGUUGCUUUCAAUUGACAUUUCCCAAUCAACCAAAUGUGCAUAUAAGUGAGCUGUGUCUUGUUCAGCAGAAAGGAAAUAUUGACAACACAUAAUAAAAUUAUGAACACGAUGCAAAAAGAGGAAACCAUUCAGGCUGUCCUGAUUGCGGAUGCCUACGACAAAACCCUUCAACCCUUCGUCAACGAAGGAAGUAUCGGACUUUUACCGCUAGUUAACACGCCGAUGAUCGAUUAUGCCCUGGAAGCACUGAACCGUUCAAAAGUUGAGGAAGUUUUUCUAUUCGCAACCAAUUUCGUAGAUGAAAUCAAAGCCCAUAUCAAGAAACGACUCGAUGAAAGAUGUACUUGGUCAAUUCAAAUGACAGUGCAGGUCGUCGGAUCGGAUGGAUGUCAUAGUUUGGGUGAUGCCUUGCGUGAUUUGUACGCAAAGCGGCUGCUUCGCAAGCACUUUAUUCUCUUGAAUGCUGAUACAGUUACCAAUGCCAAUCUGUUUAGCAUUCUUCAAACGCAUAUUAAAAGAUGUGCCUUUGACGAGGGCACCGCAAUGACAGUUGUCUUCAAAAAGUGUGUCCCUGGCAUUUCCACCGGACAAGAGGUAAUCAUUGCGAAUGAUGCUCGAACAAAGCGACUGUUGUUCCAUCAGCGUGUCAGAUCAAAUAAAAAAGCAUCUCGAAAUUGCAUUCUUCCAUUGGAAAUUUUCACCGAAAACUCCGAUGUUGAACUUCGGCAUGAUCUGAGCGAUCCAGAUAUUGCCAUCUGCGCUCCAUCGGUGCUAUCAUUGUUUGCGGAUAACUUUGAUUUUGAAACACGAGAUGAUUUCAUCCGAGGACUUUUAAUCAAUGAAGAGAUUUUGGCCAGCACAAUUUAUGUGUCCGAAUUGCCGAGUGAACAAUAUGCGGCAAAAGUGAAGGAUUGGCAAAUGUACCGAAUUGUAAGUCACGAUAUUAUCAACCGAUGGGCAUAUCCACUCGUGCCUGACAUGGGUAUUUGUAGUUUACAUCAAAACUACAUGUUCUUGCGAAACAAUGUUUACCGAAGUAAAACAGUGCAGCUAGCCAAUAGUGCUAUAGCGCGUGAAAAUGUCGUCAUCAAUGACCACUGUGCAGUCAAAGAAGGCACCGAACUCAUUAACGCGGUUUUCGGAAAAAAUUGUAAAAUCGGACGGAAUUGUGUAUUGGAAAAUGCAUUUGUUUUCGAUAAUGUUGAAAUUGGAGACAAAUGCGUACUCAAAAAUUGCGUAGUUGGCAAGAAUACGAAAAUCCAAGACAAAUCAGCCAUCUCGAAUGGAACUGUCAUUGGACAUGGAUGCGUUAUUCCACCAGAAAGUAUAAUCGCCAAAGAAUUUAUUGUUGCAAAAUCGGGCACCGACGAGUAUGAUGAGGCAACCUAUAAAAAAAUUAGUGAGCAUGCUUACAGUAUGCAGCUUAGCGAGAAUAUGAACGUAGCAAGGGGUGCUGAUGUUGACUCGGACGAUGAAAGUGUUUGUAUUGAACAAAAUAACCUACAUAUGACCGAUAUGACAUACGAAUACGAAAGUAGCAUUUACAGUUCAAGUAGCGAUGGAUCGCAAUCGAAUCGACUCACUCCUGUACCUGACGAUGCCAACAUUUUCCUAACGGAAGUAAUCGAUUCGCUGGAACGUGGUUACAAAGACAAAACCAAGCCAGACUAUUUGAUACUUGAGAUCAAUUCAUCGCGUUACGCUUACAAUAUGUCAUUAUCUGAAGUAAAUUUCUAUGUAGUUAAAGCGUUACUCAACUUGUAUCCAAUUAAAGAAGCCAAUGGCAAUGUUUUGACAGCCUUCAAUCAGAUAUUUGCGCAGCUACAUGGUGUUCUCAAAAACUACAUUCGUGGAAGUGAUGCCAUGAUAGAUUGUUUAAAAGCCAUCGAGGAGAGUUGCCAUCAAAAUGAAACGUUAAAAUCGAAAAUCGCACAAAUCAUUCACUUCCUAUACGACAAGGAGAUUAUAACGGAGGAAAGUAUUUUGUCAUGGCAUAAUGAGCUCGAUGAUGAUAAAGAAUGGAUUCGAAACUCAUUAAUCAAACUCAUUGAAUGGCUGAAUGCGUCAAGUGAAGAAGAAGAAGAAGAGGAAUCUAGUAGCGACGAGAAAUGAACAAGAUUUAAUGGUGUAGAACGGAAAUUUGCGUGCAUAUCUAUCGUUCAGGUCAUGUGGAUAUGUCGGACUUCGUCUGUUUAUAACAGCUUCUUACUUUUUACUGCUAAAUUACUGAAACAAAGAGAAAAAACGAUUCAGAAAUAAAGAAAAAGAAAUGAAUUUAAAAAUCA